GCCGACGCCAUCAAGUUCUUCGCCAUGUCGGGCCUCGCCCGCGCCGACCUCAAGCAGGUUUGGGCGAUCUGUGACUCCAAGCGGCAGGGGUUCCUCGGCUUCGGCGAGUUCGCGGCCGCGAUGCAGCUCGUGUCUCUGGCGCAAGCGGGGAAUGAGAUUAACCAGGACAGUCUCAAGCGUGAAGACCUGACUAGCUUCGAUCCGCCUGUGAUGAAAGGUCUCGAUGAACUACUUUCUAGAUCAAUGGCAAUCGUGAAUGCAGUCCGGCCAGAAAAGAAUGGCACCUCUCAGGUUCAAGCACCUGCUACAAACAACUGGUUCAGCUCAAAGUCAGCAAAGAAGAUGCAGACGCCUCUGACAGCUGUUACUUCUGUAAUUGAUGGCUUGAAAAGACUCUACAUCGAAAAACUCAAGCCUUUAGAAGUUGCAUGCCGGUUCAAUGAUUUUGCCUCCCCAUUGCUGACGAAUAGCGACUUCGAUGCAAAACCAACGGUUAUGCUCCUGGGUCAAUAUUCUACAGGGAAAACAACAUUUAUCAAGCAUCUUCUGAAAACAAGCUAUCCAGGAGCUCAUGUUGGACCAGAACCAACUACUGACAGAUUUAUAGUUGUCAUGUCAGGACCUGAUGAAAGAACUGUUCCCGGCAACACAAUUGCUGUCCAAGCCGAUAUGCCUUUCAAUGGUCUUAAUACAUUUGGGGGCGCAUUUCUAUCAAAGUUUGAGUGCUCUCAGAUGCCACAUCCUCUACUAGAACAUAUCACCUUGGUCGACACUCCUGGUGUUCUUUCUGGUGAAAAGCAGAGGACCCAGCGUAGCUAUGAUUUCACUGGUGUGACUUCAUGGUUUGCUGCUAAGUGUGACCUUAUUCUUCUACUGUUUGAUCCUCACAAGCUUGAUAUCAGUGAUGAGUUCAAGCGUGUCAUUUCAUCUUUACGUGGGAAUGAGGACAAAAUACGUGUGGUGCUGAACAAGGCAGACCAAGUAGACACCCAGCAGCUUAUGAGAGUGUAUGGUGCGCUGAUGUGGUCCCUCGGGAAAGUUCUAAACACACCUGAGGUUAUGCGCGUGUACAUUGGGUCGUUCAAUGACAAACCCGUGAACGAAUCAGCUGUUGGACCAAUUGGAAAGGACUUGUUUGAGAAAGAGCAAGAGGAUCUCCUGGCUGACCUGGUAGACAUACCUAAGAAAGCCUGUGAUCGGCGAGUCAACGAGUUUGUCAAGCGUGCUAGAGCUGCAAAGAUCCAUGCCCUCAUAAUGGGCCAUCUGAAGAAGGAGAUGCCUGCAAUGAUGGGGAAAGCCAAGGCUCAACAGCGGCUCAUUGACAACUUACAAGAUGAAUUUGCGAAGGUCCAGAGGGAAUACCAUCUUCCAGCCGGCGAUUUCCCUGACGUGGAGCACUUCAAGGAGGUGCUGGCCACGUACAGCAUCGACAAGUUCGAGAAGAUCAAGCCGAAGAUGGUGCAAGCCGUGGACGACAUGCUUGCGUACGACAUCCCGGAGCUCCUCAAGAACUUCAGCAACCCUUACCAGUGAUGUUGUUUGCUGACCUCUCGUCAGCUCUGUAUGUGUUGUUCGGCUGCCAAAACUGAUGAUGAAAGAAGGGAAGCCCCCAUAGUCUGAGAGAUCCAUAUGUACAUCUUGGGCUUCCCUUGUUGAGGAGAGACUGUGAGAGAUUGCUGUUACAUUAUUCAGAGAUGCAUUGCUGCUGGCUGUUUCUUUUUUGUCUUGGCUGGUGUAUUGCUGUAGAAUAUAUAAGCCUUGUUGAUUGCUUGUAGUAGAUACUUGCCGGGAGGGUCCA